UGUCACCUCUAUGACCUGCAGCAAAACAAAAAGAGCAAUAUAUUUUAGGAAUCUGGAGAUCGUGGUGACCGAGAGGAAAUACGGCGAUUUGGAGAAGCAACCACCCAAGGAGCAACUGCAUCCAAUGCACCAGUCGCAUUUGGCCCGUGAAAUCGCUGGUUGCGAGCAGCAAGUGUCCCGUUCCCGAUUAAGAUUCCGGUCCAGCUUUCGAUCCAACGCCAUGUCCGCUUCUCGGACGGAUUCCAGCCGCCGGUGGCUGUGAUGGAGCGCUAGGUUGUGGCCAGGAUGUGGCCAGCCGCCCUGUCCCGCCUGCUGAGACGUCGCAUUGUGUACAUUGUGCUGGUGGUGCUGCUGCUCGUCUACGGAUUUGGACACCUCUUCGAUCGGGACUCCUUUGCCGGUCUGCACUAUGACGAGCACGUGGUGCAGCGCACCCGCCCGCUGCUGUGGACGCAGCAGCUCCUGGCGCCCGAGGAGCAGCUCAAUCGGACGCGCGCCGAUCCGGAGGUGCGCUGCCGCAACUCCGUGCAGGGUCGCCGGCUGCUGGCCGACGAGCGUGGAUUCGUGUGCCGACGGGAGGAGGUGCUGACCAGCGGCUGCUGCAAUCUGGAGCUGCCCGGCAUUGGCUACUACAGCUGCCGCACCUGCAACACCAGCACCCACUGCUGCGCCGUAUACGAGUACUGCGUCUCCUGCUGCCUGCAUCCCGGCCAGCAGCCGCUGCUGGAGCGCGUCCUGCGUGCGCCCAACACGCCCAAAUACAUCUUCGCCAGCGUGACGGACCACUUCGAGCUGUGCCUGGUCAAGUGCCGGACGAACUCGCACUCCGUGGAGCACGAGAACAAGUACCGCGAUGCGGCGGCCAAGCAUUGCUACGGUCUCACCGAGGCGCACGAGUCCCAGCGGGAUGUGGCGCCCAAGGGAGCCAGUCGCAGCUGACCACUGGUCACUGCUCCUCCUCCUCCUCCUGCCCUUCCGCCCAAUGCAGUUCAAUUUGUUCUGUAAGGAAGUUCUUGGCCAAAAAGAUUGAGCCUUACCUCGAACUAGAAAUUAGGAAAAUUAUUAGUAACCAUUUAAGCUGGCUAGUUGGCAAUAUUGUACGUAAGUCAGGGAUCACUUUGGGCUUGUAUGAUAAAUCUGUUCUGCAUUAUACAAAAAAAGAAAUUAGUUUAAUUUUCAUAGAAACAGCCAUUUUUUUGUAUGUACCUAUGUCAAAUGAAAUGUAAGAAACAUGACUAUCGAAUUUAGUUUUUAAUUUCAAAGGCAAUUUGAAUGGGUUUGAUUUAAUUCAUUAUCUAGCAACAUUGUAAAUAUAUAAUCGUUUGCUAUAAGCAGUAGAAGUGCAAUUUGUGUUUAGUAUUUUAGACUCAUUGAUAUAAGUAGUGCUCAAUUGUGUUAAUAAAUGGGCUUAAUUUUUUUUUUUAUUAAAAAAGACUAAUUUUGUCAACCAAUAUAUGUCUCUCUUUAUUAUAACCCAACUUGCUUAUAAAACUAGUCUCUGGUUUUUUAGAUGUACAUUGUACAUACAUACGUAAACUAGUUGGUUAAGUGUCCAAAAUGUUGUAAAUAAAUAAAAAGUAUAAGCUUUA